UUUCGUCUGUUUAUAAUUUUUUCUCUAACAAGUAACAAUAAUCAUUAUAUCAAUAAUUCGGUUAGAGUUUGAUACAUACACAUAUGGAUGUUACUUCUUCUAGGAGGUAUAAGGAAAAUCCGUCGUUCAGUUCGAGUUUGUUGGACGAAAUCUAUCGUUCGAUUGAUGAACGAGACUUCGAACAAACAUCGAAUGUUUGUAGUAAAGAAAGGAGAAAAGUACAGGUAAUUACGGGAAGGAGAUCUGCUGCCGAUGUUGAUAGGAACUCGAUACGAAAUGAAAAUGGUUGUUCAUUUCGAUAUCACUCGAGUUCUAGCUCUUGUGAUAUUAAUUCAUCUAUAUCACAAAAUGAGUUGAUAUAUGGGGCAAAGUCUAAGCCAAAAGCUAUAAGUACAACUAGUUUUUAUCAACAUGAUGACCAAUUUGAUAAAAGAGCGAAAGAAAGACACAAUAUGUGUAAGUAUGAUGAUAUUCCACAAGCAAAAGCAAAAAAUGAAGGGAAAUUUGUGAAGACGAAAUCGAAAGCAUUGAAGAUUUAUAGUGAUUUGAAGAAAGUGAAGCAGCCAAUUUCGCCUGGAGGCCGAUUAACUAGGCUUUUGAAUUCAAUAUUUACUAAUGGAAAUAGUAAAAAAAUGAAUGGCUCCUCUGGCUGUAGUGUCAGAGACAUUGGCUCUGGCACUGAAACGAGGAGUCAUUUGGAUAGGAAGUCAAAAUCGGCUAAUGCGUCUACAUGUUCAUCGGCGUCUUCAUUUUCACGGUCGUGUUUGAGUAACACGCCAUCAUCUAGAGGAAAGUUGAGUAGCGAAACGAAAAGAUCGGUUAGGUUUUAUCCGGUGAGCGUGAUUGUUGGCGAAGAUUGCCAGCCGCGUGGACACAAAUCGUUAUAUGAAAAUGAAACGCGUUUAGAAAGUGUUGAGUUUGCCCAUAAGUCAAUCCAUGAUAAGAAACGUGAUAUUUCAGAAGCUGCAAGGAAACUUUUGAAGAAUUACCAAAAGAAGGUCGAGCGUAAAUUUGAAUCGAUAAGGAAUAAUGAAGACGAAGAACAAUCGGAUGAUGACAAGAGUGACUCGAGCUCGGAUCUUUUUGAGCUUGACAAUCUUUCUACCAUUGGAAUGAGCAAGUAUCGAGAAGAGUUGCCUGUUUACGAGACAACUCAUCUCGAUACUAAUCAAGCCAUCGCUAAUGGCCUUUUUAUGUAGUCGAUCACAAACUAAUUAAUGUCUUUAUUUGUUAACAUCUGUUUA